GUCACAGGUGCAAUGGAAGGGGAAUCCUGGAGCGUCCAACUGCAACAUCGAGUCUCUGCUUUUCCAUACGAGUCCUAACCUGUCGGUUGUGCUUAGUCUCGAUCACAACAUCGAUUCUAUACGAAAAAUAGUCUCGUGGAAAAUACUAGGUCGUGUGUGAAAAUUCCGUCUAGCUGGCCGGACGAUCGCGUCGCGACGUUUGCUUUUUGCGGUUCGCCAUUAUUCACAAGACAACGCUCGGGGACGCGACGAUGACGAAAAGCUGAGAGUACAGUGCUCGUAUCGUGCAUGAGAGAUGAGCGGUUCUCGACUUGGCAGGGGCCGGGGUGGUCGCCUGGCCGUGUAUGGGGGUUGUGCUGUGGUGGUUAUUCUCCUGGUGUUCCUUUACAGAGCUGCCACUUCAGAGAUGGCCAGGCUUCGAGAACUUCAUGUACAAUGUGCUCAUCAACAAGAGGCGCUUGCUGCUCAGCUUCAAGUGAUAUUCGAGUACAAAGUGCGAUUAGAAAAGUCCUUAGCCGAGGAGAAGAGCUCGAAUGCAGCUGUGAAACAGGAACUUCAGCAACGUGCCUCUCGUGAAAAGUCUCUCAGAGAUAAGGACAGCAUAGAGGCGAUGCAGAGGUUCAAUUCCCUUCAGCAAACGUACAAGCUCCUUCAGACGGAGCACCAAGAUCUGCAGGAUGAGUGUAAGAAACGUGAAAAGCAGGCGUUGGAGGAUACAAACAGAUUAGAGGCGACUCUUCGUGAACUCCGUAGUCGGAUCAGACAGGCACGAGAGGACAAAGAGAAGGCAUUGGAGCAUUUGAAGACCAAGUUCUUGGAGCUGGAUACAGAAAAGACCAGGCUAGAGGAAAAGUACAAUGACGUACUAAAGAACAGUGGUAAUACUGAUAGCACCAUUGAUCACCUGAGGAAGGAAGUGAUGCAGCUGAAGCGUGAACUGGAAGAGGCUAAGAAAUCAAGCAAGGCUAGAAUUCUUAGUCCAAGCGUGGAGAGUCCGCAAUCAAUGCAGAAAACGGAUCAGCAGAAGUCUGGAUCGCCAGGGAACCUGGAACAACCGGUCGGUCCGUCGCAACAGCAACAGAGUACUGCGACCACCAGCUCGAUGAAGCCAAUUCCAGCCAUGAAACUGGAGACUUCAACACCAGCGAGCAGUGGAAAUCCAGUAUCCACGGCCCUCGAUAAGCCUCAUCCUCUCGCGAAACCGGCCUCAAAGGCCAAACUUCCGGUUGGUGUACCACCGAUUCCGGUGAUGAUCGAUCAGAAACUGGAGAAUCGUGAUGAGAAGAGGAACGACCAAGAAGUGGCCAGAAAGAAGAAAGAGGAGCCUAAGAAAAUCGAAAAUCCAGAGAGCAAGGAGCACGAGGUUGAAAACGGCAAUCUGGAACCGCCAUUUCCGGUGGUGUCCGGCAGGAGAGGGGAGGAGCUGCCUGCGGAAAGGAGGGGAAACAGGUGGUUCAACGUUGGACCAGGCGUACAGGAAAUUGGCGACGAAUUGAAUCACAUUCGACUUCCUGGCCUAGAUGAUGGUGCAGAACGAAAUGCCGAAGCAGGGGACGAUCAAUACGAAGGCGUUGAUUAUGAUAAAGAACCCCAGCAGAAGAACAGUGAUUUGCAAUUGGUUGAGGGUGAAGACGAAGGCGAAGAUGAAGAAGAUCAAGUAGACUAUCCUCAUAAUUUGAAACAGGAGAAACGUGAAUGAAGAAUAAUUUUUAGAAGAAGAUUUCAAUGGUUUUAAGAAGUAUGAGGCUCAUUUAAGAGAAAAGCAAUGGUCGUUUGUUGAUUGGAAGUCAAAGUUCUAAUAGGCUAAUCUAAUCACUGACAUUAAUUUAUCAAGAGAUAAAAAAAGAAGAAAGAUGCACCAUAUUUCUUGUUUUUCUUCAUUUUUCAAAACAAGAUGCCUCCGUAUGAGGAGCUAGCCAAAUGGUGUAGAUAGUUGAUAAUCUAUACAGAUGCUAUUUAAGUGCCACUGCUCGACCAACGAGCAAAUUCUAUUUUUUAUGAAGAGAUUUGUCGACUGGUUUGAGCAGAGGAUCGAUAAAAGAAACAGACUGUAUUUUUCUAGAAUUAAUUCUAAGAUAGAAAAGAUAUGUAUUAGAAUUUCCACAAUCAGAGGAAAACUUGGUGGAAGGAUUCAUACUUUCAUUGGCAGACGUCGUUUAAAAGCCCUUAAUCUAUUUAAAGAAGUGUCUAAAAAUUGAUAGACAAAUGUAUUUGGUGUGUGAACAAAAAUGGGAUAUAAAUAUUGGCGUAAUUAAGAGGCUAGUCCACAAGGGAGAAGGGGGGUCUCAAUUUAAUUAUGCCAAUGGAUAUAAACUAUUUAAAGAACCAUUACUUAAUAAUUUUUUAAUUAUAGAAUUAGUGGAUUCAUUAGUCAGAACAGUAUUUUACUUUAGAAUAUAUAUUAAAUGUGGUAUUUUAUAUCGAUAUAAGUUUUUAUUGAAUUAUCAUAUAUUUUUAUAUCUAUACAGUUUUAUAAAAGAAACUUAAACGUUUAUUAUGUAAGUACUUCUGAAUUUCUAUUUUCUCUCUGUUACUUUGUCAAUUAUAAAUAUUGUAAUGUACGGUAUCGAGCAAAUUAGGUUUCACUAGGAAAGUCCACAUAUUAAUGAUUCAUAUUCUGCCAGUGAAAGGAUUGAUCAUUCUUUCCUUCAACGAGACACGUAAGCGGAAUUUGUGACUUAAAGCACUAAUUACUUAAGCGUUAACUGUGAAAGUUUCCAAAAUAGGAACAAUCAACUGGUUGUUCUUGUCGAAACCGUGCAAUAUGAUCGGUGCAAAGGUACACGUGAUUUAUUUAUUGCCUACUGGUCGUCGUUCAGGCGCUAACAAUCAAGACUUAAUUGAAUGAAAGGAACUACUUUAAGGAAUUUACUACGAGUAUAGAUUAAUAUUUGUUAUGACCAUAGAUAUCUACUUAUACAUUGACACAGAGAGAAGUGAUUCACCUGUACAUAAAAUUCUUUUCGUAAUAAAAACAA